GUCACAGACUGAUUUUGUUGAAGCUGUCAUUUCAGUACGAAACGUCAACCGCAUCAGAAGUGUAUUCUGUAAAAAUCUCUCAUUAUUGUGAUGAAUUUUGUGCGUGGAACUUAGCUGCGUUGGGAUGGUAGAAAAUCGUACCGUGGUCCCAGGUUGAAUAUACCAACUCUUGGUUAAUGGUUUUCGAUCGGAACAAAUGCAAGUGUGCAAAGGUUGCUGAACAUCGUCCUGGUUCCUAGCAGAACAGUGAAAUUUUGUUGUUGUUUACAAAUCGCAACGUUUCGAUUUCCGUACACACACGCAGCGUACUUCGCUGCUCGCAAAUCAUACUGAUUUGUGCAUCUGCUCAAAACAGUUUGUAAAACGUGUGAGAACAGCAGAUUGGUGGUGGGUGAAAAUAGUGUGAACAUCGUGUGGAAAAGUGUGAAAGUGCAGCAGUGAGAUUCAGUGUAGUUUCCCUCUGCAUUUGCUGCAGCAGUAGUGGAAUAGUGUCGUGGUGCCUGGUAAUUUUUGUGCUGUUGUGUUGCGGGUCAUAGCGGAAGGGUGUUGCCUUUCCUAUCGCCCAGUGUGCGUGGUAUGGUGCUGCAGCAUUCGCUGCAGUGAAGCUCUCGCAGUGCGGGAAAAGUCAUGGUGCAGAAAGAAAGCUUUAGAAACGGGGUCAUACUUCACGACGGCUGCCACACUAUCGGUGCACUGCGGAAGCUGUGAAAAGCGGGCCAGCUAGCAAAUAGAGUGCCCGAAAAAGUGCCCUACACUGUCGUGUUUAGUUCGGCUCCAGAAAGGGUUGUGCUGGAUGCGAGUGGAAAACUCGCUAGCAGAACUCAUUGGCUGCGGAAGGUAGACCCGUGACAGGGAGUAGCUUGGUAAAGCUGGCUCCCCCAUCGUAGGUGCCGGUGCUGGUCGCAAACUCAUGGAGAAAGUUGCCAUCUUGGCGGGUCACGCAAACAGCAGCAGCAGCAGCAGCAACCGAGCCGCACGGGAAAGGAUGUCACGUCGUAAAAAUCUUGCCGGCCUGUGUGCGGCCACCGUCGUGUGCAUUCUGCUGCUGUACGCCAGCCAGCGAUACACCUCGAACAGUUACGGCACUGAGUACUUCCGGCCACGGGAACGUCCGGCCAAUCUGCGAAUGCUCAACUCCCACAAGUAUUACGGGUCACGAUCGUACGGUGGAGCUGCUGGAGGUGGCGGAGGAGGAGGAGGAGGUGGUGGAGGAACAUCGUACGAUACGUACCCACCGAUGCCAACCGCACACAAUUCCACCAUUACCGUGGACGAUGUGUUAAGCUAUCAGCGGGCACUGAUAGCGGCCGAAUGUACAGACAGUUUCUACGGUGAGCGAAAGCUUCCGGAUGGGUUGACACCCGAAACGGGUGGCAAACCGACGCGCAGCCUCAUCGUCACUACCUGGCGCUCCGGUUCAACGUUCCUGGGCGAUAUUCUGAAUGCGCUGCCCGGCAACUACUAUCACUACGAGCCACUGCUCGACUUCGACAUAGUGCAGAUCCGCGGCCCACCUAACGAUAGUGUCGCGCUGCACAAUCUGCGCCAUUUGCUGCACUGCGACUACACCGAGAUGGAGAACUACCUCGAGUUUGGCCGCACGCACAACUAUCUGUUCAGCCACAACACCCGGCUCUGGCAGCAGUGCGUCCGGUUUCCCCAGUAUUGCUACGAGCCACGAUUUCUCGGACCGUUCUGCCGGUUGUUUCCCCGCCAGAGCAUGAAGGUGGUACGGUUGCGGGCCUCGCUCGUGACACCAUUGCUCGAGGAUGAAAGCCUUAAUGUACGUGUGGUGCUACUAAUACGCGAUCCACGGGGGUCGAUGCAGUCGCGAAAGCAUCGUGUCUGGUGUCCAGGGCGGCCAGACUGUGAUGAUCCCAGUACGGUCUGUAGUGAUAUGCAGCUCGACUACGAGGCAGCAAUCGAGCUGAGCAAACGCUUUCCACGACGGUUUCGUGUUGUGCGGUACGAAGACUUGUCGCUAAAUCCGUACAAGAUGACCAAAGAAAUAUUGCAGUUCUACGGGCUUCCCUACCAUCCGGAGGUGAAAAUGUUUCUCGACACACACACCAAGCAGGACGUUGGUGGUGUUAGUUCCACGUAUCGCGAUUCCAAGUCGGCUCCGUUCCACUGGACGAAGGAUCUAACGUUCGAUGAGGUAAAAAUCAUACAGGAUAGCUGCGUGUCGGCAAUGAGAAGCUGGGGGUAUCGGAAUGCAACCAGCGAACAGGAACUGUAUGACAACUUUAACCCACUGCUACCGUACAGUGUUUCGUGAGAACGCUGUACCGUUCGGGUUAUCAUGGCGCCACCGAUAAUCGAACCGAUCUCUCGCGAUUCCUUCGACAUCCGUCGACGGUUUGUGUCAGUGAGUGUGGAGAAGGUGGCUUUGAAAUGCAUUAUCACGCGAAAAAGGAAUGCCAAACAAUGCAUAUAAAAAAAAUGUAGCAUCUGUGAUUUAACAAACAAACAAAAAAAAAACAGGAAGAGAAAAACAUGAAACACCUCCGUUCAGCGUG